GUGUACAUUGCACCCUUAAAAGCACUCGUUCGUGAGAGAAUUGAGGACUGGAAAGUUAGGAUUGAAGAAAAACUUGGUAAAAAGGUUGUAGAGUUAACUGGAGAUGUGACUCCUGAUAUGAGAGCUAUCGCUCAAGCUGAUCUGAUUGUUACUACCCCAGAGAAGUGGGAUGGUGUCAGCAGAAGCUGGCAGAACAGAAGCUAUGUUCAGAAAGUUUCCAUUCUCAUCAUAGAUGAAAUCCAUCUGCUAGGGGACGAAAGAGGCCCAGUACUGGAAGUCAUUGUGUCUCGAACAAACUUCAUCUCAUCUCACACAGAGAAGCCUGUAAGAGUAGUUGGCUUAUCCACUGCAUUAGCAAAUGCCAGAGAUCUUGCUGAUUGGCUAAAUAUUAAUCAGAUGGGUCUGUUCAACUUCCGACCUUCAGUACGUCCAGUUCCUUUAGAGGUACACAUUCAGGGAUUCCCUGGCCAGCAUUACUGUCCUCGCAUGGCUCGCAUGAACAAGCCUGCAUUUCAGGCAAUUCGAAGCCAUUCUCCAGCCAAGCCUGUUCUUAUUUUUGUGUCAUCCAGACGUCAGACAAGGCUUACUUCCUUAGAUCUGAUAGCUUUCCUAGCUACUGAGGAUGAUCCUAAACAAUGGCUGAAGAUGGAUGAAAGAGAGGUAGAAUAAUAUUACCUGAAUUAAUUCAGAUUUUCUGU